AUGAACACUGCAAGUCCGAUAUCUGUCGGCUACGGCUGGGGCGUCCUCGUCCUCGCAGGCGGCGGCUCAUACUACUUCGCCAAGAAGAGCAUCAACAAGGACCGUGCCGAGCGCGCAGAAGCAGACAACAAGAGACGCAUGCAACAACGCGAACUCCAGAACCGCUACCCUAUGCCUCCCCAGAAGCAAGACGGCCACGCAAACCCGAGCAAAGAAGCAACCGAAGACAUGUCACCCGCCUCUGGCCACGCUUCCGAGAGCCAUGCCCACAGUGGCUUCGAGAGCACUGCACCAUACAGGAGCAAGAAAGGCGACCGCUUCAGCUGA